AUGGAGCAGCUCACCGAGCUGUUUGGUCAGCUCAAGGUGGAAAAGAAGAAAAAGACCAAUGCCUCGAACCAACCACAACUGCCAGAAGAGAUAGGCUAUUUCACUAAACUCCUGGAUGGCACCAUCGUUAAAGACUCGCGCGAUGGCCUUCGCGAGCUAAGUCUCAAGGGAGUGGUGCACAAGGACCUAACUGAGGGACUCCGAAAUUUCGUUCCCCAAACCAAAGACGAAAUAUAUAGUCUUGAUGACGUGCUUUCCGUCGUGGACAAGCCCGAUCUGCUAUCGGUGCUUUCCCAGCGGCGGUCGCUUGCUCGCAUUAUGAAGCUCCCCUUUGAACCCCAUACUUCAUUUCACGUCGUGUACUACAAGCACUACAUCUUCAUCGUGUGCAAUGACGUGCUGGGAGUGGACAUUGACCGUCGCCUUCAAUAUUCCGGUUUCAAAUUCGAAGAGCUAGCCACUACUGCUAGGUCGGCGAGCGAUCCUCAGGCGCGGUUCUACUCGGUGCUUCGCCAACGACUACCGGGAGCUACUGUGUACUAUACGGCUGAAGUGGAUGCCAUCGACAUCCACGACGACUACGUCGAGCUAAAGACCCACGCAAAGGUGCUGUCGCAUCUUAGUUUGCAGCGUAAGCUACUCAGCACUUGGUGCCAAGUAUACUUGGGGGCCACCGAUAAGAUCGUCAUGGGCUACCGGUCCAAGACAUUCAGAGUGGCUAAUGUCCAGCGGAUGAGUGAGCGUGACAUCUACCAGUCAUUUCAGAAGAUGCCCUUGAUGGACAAGCUGGGGGCUAAGAUCACCCCGCAGACCCUCACCAAAUUCUAUGCUGAAGCUAUGGCCUACAUCGUCAAAGCUCAUAAGGGAGGAGCCAAACCAAAACAGUUUGAGUUCAAAUACCACCCAAGCGAACCCCGGGCAAAACAGUUUUCCUUAGAACCUAUGGCAUUAACCGUAAAUAUCUCUAUGUACAAAGCGUGA